CUACCAAGAGCUCCGUUCAGCUUUAACGGACUAUCAAAUGACGAGUGUAUCGACAAGUUUCGAUUUGAUAAAACGCAGCUAGCUACCCUUGUCAAGCUAUUCGACCUCGGCGCCAUUCGAACUCGAGAGCGUACGGCAGCUACUGGUGUCGAAGGUCUAUGCAUUGUGCUGUAUAAGUUGGCAGUCCCAAUGCGCUGGAGCGACCUUGAGUCAUUUUUUGGUCGGAAUUCGUGUGGUUUGUCGAAUUUGUUCUUGCACGUGCUGGAGUUGCUCGACAGCAAAUUUUCGGACCUCCUCUAUUUCAAUCACGAUUACGCUGCGGAGAACUUACAAGCGUACGCCGACGCUGUUUUUGAUGCUGGUGGGCUACUGCAAAUUGUCUGGGCGUUUGUAGAUGGAACCGUAAGAGGAAUUUGCCGUCCAACAGCUCGCAAUGUCCGUCGUGACGGCAAAUACCUGAGCCAGAAGUCCGUCUACAACGGACACAAGCGCAAGCAUGCGCUCAAAUACCAAACUUUCUCGACACCGGACGGACUUAUCACUCAUCUAUAUGGUCAUUUUCCUGGGCGUAACCACGACAUCAAAAUGUACAAAGAUUCUGGAAUUGCCGACGUCAUCAGAAAUGAUCUUCGAUUCAAGUCUUUCCGAGUGUCCGGUGAUCAGGCAUAUGGGAAGGAUGGCGUUCUAUCGAGUCCUUUUGGGGGGGGGCUAUUGCGAAUCUAA